UUGGUGAUUUUUUUCUAAUUCUUAUGCUUUUAAAUAUGUUCACUGGGACCGAGGUAAAGUCGGAUAAAUCGACUUAAGUUGAAAUUUAUUUUUUCUCUCAAUUUCUGAAGACAACGACGUAAAAUCGCAAAAGACAUAUCUCGAAACGAUGUAUGUUGAGGUACACCUGUAUUUGUGAACACAUUGGAUUUUCUUGUUUCAACCCAAGAAACCCAGAAAUCUUUUAGUAAGGUUAUUGUUUUCCCUAUGACACCGACUUCACACCAGUUACUUCCCUUAUUUGAAAAAUGGCGGACGGUGACAACGAUGUCGGCGAACAAUUGGAAGACUUAGAUGCUGCUUAUGAUGAAGAACCUUUGGAUGAACCAAUUGAAAACCCGGAGGAAUCUGAAAAUAUUGACAUCCUUCCAAGCAGUGAAGCAUCUCUGAAAGUGGACCACGACAAAAGAAUCACAACACCAUUUAUGACAAAAUAUGAACGAGCUCGAGUGCUUGGUACAAGGGCCUUACAAAUAGCGAUGUGUGCUCCAGUCAUGGUCGAACUCGAAGGUGAAACAGAUCCAUUACAGAUAGCUAUGAAGGAACUCAAAGCGAGGAAAAUUCCAAUCAUAAUUCGCCGGUACUUACCUGAUGGAAGCUACGAAGAUUGGGCAAUUGAAGAACUGAUUAUCACGGAAUAACCCCCCACCCCAACCCCCACAUACCUUUAGCAUCCCCUUGUGUAAUAUGUGAUCUGUUGAUGGACAGAAAAUACAAUUGUCAUUUUACAUAACAUUAUUAUCAUUACAAACUUUUUCAUUAAACAUAGAACCCAGGUUGCUGACAAUUAUGGGAUUAAUUUGUGACCUAAAGACAGUGCAGAACUUGCUUCUAAUCAUCCCUUAGAAAUAUUAAAAAAAAAAAUAAACACAUGAUUCAGAUUGUUUUUUAUUCUUUGAAAUAAAAUUGCAGAAAAUUUACAAUUAUAAUGGCAAAAUACACAGGUU